AUGCACGACAAUCUGAAUAAUACGUGUAAUGACUUCAAAUCCAAUCUGUGCAUUCAAGUAGACGCUUUAAUCGAGCAGCUUCAAAUGCGAAAGGAGCAAUUAAUGAGGCAUGUGGAUGAGCAAAAGGACCAAAAGAAACAAAUAUUACGAGAGCAAAUCUCGCGUUGUACAGCAAAACUAUCGCGGACUACCGGCCUUAUUCAGUUUUGUAUUGAAGCCUUGAAAGAGCCGGACCCAGCCACAUAUCUGCAGGUGAGCCGGUUGUGUUUGUAA